CACGCGACCAGCUUAAGGGCAGCCGUGUGGAAUUGCUGGUAUGGUAUGGUAUGCGAUUGUACUUCCUUCUUUUUAGACCUACUUCGCGUGGCCUUGUUGUGAGGUAAACAAUCGAAAAUUCGAUCGACCAAUAUCGGACUAGCGAACGGCACGCGUGGUGAGCACAUUUUUGGAGGGUGCGCCCCUUCAUUCGCAAGGGCGGAACCCAGAAGGAGUGCGAGUUUUGCGCCUCCAUCGCGAAGGAUCACGCUCGAAUGAGCAGCGUGUCCUUGUGCGUUGUGAGAUGGAUCGUCACUUUCAAGUUCACACACUGUCCCUUUCCGUGGAGGAAGGCUUGCAGAAGGGCGAACGGCGAAUGACUUGCCAACUCAUCGGCGGUGUGCAGAAACAAAUAAAUUAAUGAAAAAUGCAUCCAACCAGUGCCGACGAAAAACAUUCACCAGGCCCUGAACGGGGCCGAGUCGCUGUUGAGACUCCUAAACAACAAAAAAAUAAAUACAAAAACCGCCACAACAAACCGGUACCACCAAACGAGACUCGCGAACGGGUUGGGUGGCGUAAAAACGUCGACAGCGGUUCAAAUAUGAGACGAAACGAAACGAAAAAGUGCCGCCAGUGGAGAACAGAAGAGAAAAAAAGCAAAUCCCAUCAACGCCCCAGGGCGAUCGUCAGCCCGGGGAUUACCUUGAGGGAAGGUUGUCCUGCGCCACAUCAAACGAUCGCGCGCCCCGUUUAGCGCUGCACCAAAAAAACGGCGCGCAUAUCUCUUCAUCAGCGAGACGCGUGCCCAAUGACGCCUUACCACCUUUCACACCGCACCCGGAGGGGGAUACGCAAUAAAUAAAAAAAAAUUGAAGCAAAAAAAAAGAAACGAAUCUACCUUAUUGCACCGGCUCGUGCCAACACCGGGCGCCAUGUCGUGACACCGGACGUGCCGCAAUACCGGGCGCCCUCCCCCACCGGAAGCUGAAGAAAGUGUGCGGUAGAAGCUUGCCUCUAGCUCUGAUCCUCGCGUGAACCACUAACAACAUGGGCACCCUGCCGCAGCUAGCCGUCGUCAAGGGAAAACUGUGCCGGCUGCAUCCGACCUUGCUGCAUCGCACCUUCGAAUCGAAUGUUGACAAAUUCUGCGGCACCGAUACGGCUCUCAUCUACAACGACGAUGGACGCGGCGAGUUGCGAAUUAACUACAACGUGCUCAACUCGACGGCGAACCGAUUGGCGGCGGCCAUGCUGAACCGCAUCAAGGAUCACUUCCGGUCGCAACCGAACGGUGACGGGGACCACAUCGUAGCCGUGUGCAUGCAUCCGUCCGAUCGGUUGGUAACGACAUUGCUCGCCAUCUGGAAGGCCGGUGCCGCGUAUCUGCCCAUUGAUCCGACCUUCCCACCGAACCGUAUCCAGCACAUCCUGGGCGAGGCGAAACCCGUGCUGGUCGUGUACGACGAUGACUUCGACAACGCGCCCAUCUUCGGCAAGACGCCCUCCAUCCGGUACGCCGAGUUGCGCAAGCGGGCUAGCGAACUUAGCAACGCCAACAUCCGCCCGGAUGCGAUGCUUGGCAAGGGUGACUCCCAACUCGCGCUGGUGCUGUACACCUCCGGUAGCACCGGUGUUCCGAAGGGUGUACGCCUCAAUCACGAAACGAUCCUGAACCGGCUCCAGUGGCAGUGGAACCGUUUUCCGUACUCCCCGACGGAGCGCAUCGGAGUGUUUAAAACGGCGCUAACGUUCGUCGAUUCGGUCACCGAAAUCUGGGGUCCACUGCUCAACGGCAUGGCCAUCGUUGUGGUGCCGAAAAAAAUUACCAACAACCCGGAGAAGCUCGUCGAUCUGCUGGAGCACUACCGCAUCGAACGGUUGGUGUUGGUACCGACGUUACUCCGAUCGCUGCUGCUCUAUCUGCCACUGCAGCAGCAGCAGCAGCACCAGACGCCGCAAAACGACACACAAAAGCUGCUGUACAAUCUGCGCAUCUGGGUGUGCUCUGGUGAACCGCUGCAGAUUGCGCUGGCCCGCGAGUUUUUCGACUACUUCCAGGAGGGUGUGCAUCAGCUGUGCAACUUCUACGGUUCGACCGAAGUGAUGGGUGACGUUACGUACUUCGUGUGCGAGUCGAAGCACCAGCUCGAGAGCUACGACAAGGUACCGAUCGGGUAUCCGCUCAGCAACACCAUCAUCUAUAUCCUGAGCCCGGACCUACAGCCAGUCCGGACGGAGGAGAUUGGUGAGCUGUACGUGGCGGGCAUGAACCUUGCCGAAGGGUACGUCAACGGGCGUGAUCCGGACCGGUUCAUCGACAAUCCGCUAGCGAUUGAUCCGUCGUUUGGGCGGCUGUACAAAACCGGCGAUUACGCGUCGGUUAGCAAAGGUUGCGUGUACUAUCAGGGCCGCACGGAUUCGCAGAUUAAAAUCCGUGGCCACCGGGUGGACCUGUCUGAGGUGGAAACCAACUUGCUCGGGUUGGAUGGCGUCGAUAAGGGGAUCGUGCUGUGUUAUCACGCCGGUGAGAUCGAUCAGGCGUUGCUGGGUUUCGUGACGUUGGAGAAGAAUGCCCACUUUAAGACGGGCCUGCAGGUGGAAGCUGCCCUCGGGGACAAGCUGGCCCAUUACAUGAUUCCUCAGGUGGUACUGCUCGAAAGCAUCCCGCUGCUCGUGAACGGCAAGAUCGAUCGGCAAACGCUGCUGAAGAUGUACGAGAACACCAACAACAACGAUGACACGCAGAUCGAGAUCGAGUAUGACUACACGAACGUGCCACCGAGCAGGAUGACCGUAGCGAAGGACCUCUUCGAAACGGUUGGUCAGGUGAUCGGUCGAUCGACGCGGGCCAAAAUUUGCCUGACCAGCAACUUCUACGAGCUCGGUGGCAACUCGCUCAACUCGAUCAUCACGGUGACGCAGCUGUGCGGCAAGGGCUACCCGGUCAGCAUCACCACGUUCAUCGGUGCGAAGAAUUUGGGCGAAAUCCUGGACAAAAUCUGCGCUGACGAGCGCGAACUGCAGAAGCACCAGUUGGACGGAAACGGAAAUGGAAACGUUUCGAGUGGCAUCGACUAUCGCAUGCAGUUAACGGCAGUUCCGCUAGCGCUGGAACACAAGCACGAUACCAUCGACAUCAUUACGUCCAGUUUCUUCGAAAAGGCAGACCUCGAGCAAUGGCUCAAGCCGCAGAUCCACGAGACGGACUACCGGGACAUCCUGGAGGACAUUUGGACGGUGCUGAUCGAGAAGGGGCUGAGCUUCAUCGUGAAGGACGAAACUGGCCGCUCGGUGGGUGUUUCGUUGAAUUUCGACGCGCACGACGAGCCGGAAGUGACGGUCACCAGCAAGCUGAUCAUCGUGUUCGAGUUCCUGGAAUUUGUGGAGGGACCAAUUCGUGACAGCCAGCUGCCGAAGGGAACGAAUCAAAUCCUGCACUCCUUCAUGAUGGGCACGUGUGCGGAGCUGUCGGCUCAGGAAAACAUCGAAGCUAUGCACUUCAUGGAGAGCGAAGUGUUGAAGCUGGCGAACCGCAGGAAUUUUGCUGGCAUCUUCACCACCAACACCAACCCGCUCACGCAACAGCUCGGUUCGAACGUGUACAGCUACGAGACGAUGCUCGACUACCAGGUGAACCAGUUCGUCUACAGCGGGGACGGCUCGAAACCGUUCGCAGCGGCUCCCGAUAGCCAGCGAGCUGUGGUGCACUGGAAGGACAUUCGGUGUUGAUCCGGCUGUGCGAUACCAGAGCGAUAGAGCCUAGAACUAGACGAUUAAGCACACAAAGUACGCUGAAAUAAGUUAUUUUAUUUAUGAUGAAACGGAAACACUACGUAACACCCGCAUGGACGCUCGCUCCCGGUGCGGACUCCCUUAUCUAUGAAUCUCACCUUAUAUGACACCCUACUUUUUAAGACAAUCGGUACGAGGGGUUCCAUUUUUCUCGGCGGUAACACGCUCGUGAUCGUGAUAUCUUUAAGUGAACAGUAUUUUACGGUACGGUGUAGGAAUGCGCGCUACAUUCGAUUAAGCAUUGCAUACGUCGAACUAGAAUGUUUUAGUAUGCCUCUAAAGGAAGUAGUAAGAGAAAACGUUGUAGAACAACAACGAAAAAUUGUGAUUGAUAGCUUUGCAAUCGGGGCGCAUGUGUACCAACAAUACGCUUCGGGGCAGGUUCUAAAUCGACAAACGAACAGUGCGCGGAACAAAAAGGAAAAAAAUACACAACAAAAUGUCGAGCUGUACAAUGAAGCUAUAUAGAUAAUAGGGGUAAAGCAAUA